AUGCCGGGCUACUGCGGGACAACUCUCUAUGGAGGAGCUGUUGUCUGCGACCUGCCGGAGAAGUUUGCCGACGUCAGCAAACUGCGUCAAGUGCCAGACAACCAAGAAGUAUGGAUCGACAAGGAUGGGUUUACCAGCAUCAUAUUCGACAUUACUGAGCGGGUUGGCGGCCCAGGCAAUGGGCCGGAGAUAGAUGGCCAUGCCAUGACGACGCAUCUCGAAGACAUGGUUGGAUCUGACAUCGACACGGUCAAGAUCUGGAAUACCGCAGAAACUGAGUUUACGCGGCUCGAUCUAAAGAGCCCGGCCUACACCCUUAUCGCAACCCAAACCCCCAAAGUUGGCCAGUCGCACGGCUCCGAAUCAGCACCCGACUUCACAGCCAUUAUCAUGACGCUCCUUCGUCUGGAAAGAUACAAUACCGACAUUCUGAUAACCAUCAACGUGCCGCAUAUCAAGGGGGAAUAUGACGAAGACGAAGUCGAUCUGGAGCUUGGCAAGCAGGGCCUCCUGAUCGGGGACGCAGUGGAGUAUUCGGCACGCAUUUGGGAGUCUUUCAAGAUCAAGGACUGGGGACUUUUCGGCGAUGCCUGA